GACCCGCCACCUACUGGGGCCUUAAAGCGAAAGUGCUGCUUGCCGUUUCUGUGGAGACAAUUUGACCUUUGAACAGAAGGCUGGUGUGUUUUGAACAAUAUAAAUUAGCGUGUUUUGAGUGAAUAAUACAAGUUAGAGGGCAACAGGCAAGUGUCCCGUGUGUGCAGUCGGGCUCAACACGCAUUCUGCUCCAGACUGCUUCCUGCAGGGGAAUUCAGGAGCCAUAUUUUGGGAAGACCUCACUCUUUUCUUCUCCCUGAGGAAGUGGUAACUGUUUCUACGAGAAUACUUAGAACAACGCUGACCAGGUUGGGUUGCCUUUUUUCCUUUGGUUUUCACGACUUCAGUGCCAAACUCACAGCCCACAAAAUACUCUACUUUUCAUGCUCCAGGUUUUCUUUUAUCAAUGCCUCUGAUUCUAGUUCAUAUUUUCCCAGGUCCCUAUUUUAUUUUUAUUUUACUCUGUAUUUGUUUGUCUGUAAAUAGGUUUAAAUCCUUUGAAAAAUGUGGAUUUGAAAAAAGGAAGGAAGGAGAGGAAGAGAGAAAGAAAGAAAAAAGAAAGAAAGAAAGAAAGGAGGAAAGAAAGAAAGAAAGAAAGGAGGAAAGAAGAAAAGGAAGGUAGGAAGGUAAGAAAGGAACACCCCAAAUUUUCCUCAUAAUUGAGCAGAGUAAGAAAUGGCUGAUCAAAUAUACAUUAUAGUUUCUUUACUACAAACAUAGAGACAAGAUAAUAAAGUUUUAUUUUCCCUUAAAAGGAACCAAUAAUAGGAACUGUGAUAGAGCGGGAGGUCAGAUUUACAAGGGCAGGGAGAGCUUAGAGACAGAAAGUAAACACACCACAGUAUAUUUUGUGUUUAUGUGCCUGUAGCCCAGGUAGUCAGGAGUAAGAAAAUCAGCACUGGUCGUCCUCUAAGCCCUUCCUCAUGCACCUUUGGGUUCCAGUAAACACCCUGUGAAAUUGGUCCCACGGAUAUUACCUCCACUGAGGAAUUAAAGCUCAAAUGUCUUAAAACCACACAACUAAGAUUUAACACACUGUUAUAUAAUGGAUAAGACAGGAGACAGUGGUGCCAGACCCAGCUUGAAUUUCCAGUUCUACUAUUAAUUAUUUAUGAGACUUUGACGUGUCACUUAACCUGCUUCCUCCUAUUUAAAUGAGAAUAAUGGGCACUCUCUGCAGUUUCCUCACCCUCCUCGAAAUGUUCAGCAGACCUUGUACCGCCUCCAGAAAUCUAACUUGGCUGGACCUCACACAAGCCUGGUCUGGACUUUUCCCUUGGAAUUUUCUCCAAUGCAAAGCCUCCUCUUCCACUGCAGGGCAGUCUCCAAUGUCCCAGCUGACAGCCACCCCAGCCAGUGCGCUUUCUGAUGAGCCCGUGCACAUCCGAGCGACAGGCCUGCCUCCGUUGCAGCUGGUGACCCUCGCGGCAUCUCUGAAGGAUGAGAAGGGACACCUGUACCGGUCCAAAGCCUUCUACAGGGCUGACGAGGCUGGUGAGCUGGACCUGAAGCAGGCUCCUGCAGUUGGAGGCGACUAUGUGGGGGUCCAUCCCAUGGGCCUCUUCUGGUCGAUGAAGCCUGACAGGCCUUUUGGGAGGCUGCUUAAGAGGGAUGUGAACAGCCCCUUUUUGGUCACUCUGGACUUAUACGACUCAGUUUGCUCCCAAGAUUCAGCCACGGCUCAGCCCCGGGCCAGCCAGGUGGUGCAGCGCUGGUUCAGCAGCCCCGGGACGCAGCGGGUGCCCAUCCGAGAAGGCCGCGUGCGGGGAGCCCUUUUUCUCCCUCCAGGGGAAGGCCCUUUCCCAGGAAUCUUGGAUUUGUUUGGGGGCAUAGGGGGUCUAAUUGAAUUCCGAGCCAGCCUGCUGGCUGCCCAUGGCUUUGCAGUCCUGGCAUUAGCAUACUUUGCCUAUGAAGACCUGCCCAAGCUACUGAAGGAGGUGGACCUGGAAUAUUUUGAGGAAGCUGCCAACUUGCUACUAGCUCAUCCCAAGAUCCGAGGGCCAGGCAUCGGAGUGCUUUCCGUGAGCAAAGGUGCAGAGAUCGGGCUGGCCAUGGCCUGCUUCCUGAAGCAGGUGGUCGCCACAGUCUGCAUCAAUGGGCCUACUGCCCUCUAUGACUUUCCGUUCAGGUACAGGGGUCUGGUUAUGUCACCCAUUCCCUCGUUUCUGGAGCGUAUGCAGGUGCACGUCUCAGGGGCUGUGAGCCUCCUCCACUACAGGGGGGACCCCAGGGAGAAGCUGAAUCAGCGGAGUGUGUUUCCUAUUGAAAAUGCCCAGGGUCAGAUCCUCUUCAUUAUAGGAGAGGAUGACCAAUCGGUCAAUAGCAAAGAAUAUGCUAAGCAGGCCCUGGAGCAGCUGAAGAGCCAUGGGAGAAGCAAUGGAAGGAUGCUGCUGUACCCAGGGGCAGGCCACCUUCUAGAGCCGCCCUAUGCACCCCUGUGCUACGCAUCCCGUAUUUACCCCGUUUCUGCUCCCCUUAAUAACCCCAUUGCCGGUUCCUAUAAUUACUCCUUUUCUCAACCCCUGCUCUGGGGAGGAGACCCCGCUGCGCAUGCUGCAGCCCAGGAGCAUGCCUGGGGAGAGAUCCAGAAAUUCUUCAGGCAACACCUCACUCAAACCAGAAGCCAACUCUGAGCAAGCGCUGAGGCUGAGAUGGAGGAGGAUAAGGCAGGGAUGUGGUGAGGAGAGGGGCCCUUCUGAUUUCUCUAUAUUCACAAUCAUCUUGAAUGAACUGCAAGAAAACAGGACGAAAUCAAAGGACUAGGGCAGGGGUGCCUCUGAAGCAUUUAUGACAAAUUUGUAUGUACUUUGAAUUUUUGUAAAUUAAAUAUUAGUGUAUAUGCACCAGGAAAUGUUGCUAUUUCAAUGCAAACUGAAUCUUUUGUACCCCUGUUAGGGAUGUCUUCAGUCCGGGUAUUGCCACCACCUGAACUCUCCUAUCAAAGUUAGCAUCUCUAAAAAUGGUCAAUUUGAUGUUAUGUGCUUCAUGAUGAGAUGUAAGUUAGAAUGCCCAGAACUACCUCUAACAACACUGUUGAAUUUGAACUUAAACAAGCCUUUAGAUCAAGUGUCUUAUUAAUGUGGUGGCUAGAGAACAAAUUAAAUGGCACUUACAAAAAGACAGUCAAACAAAUCCAGAUUGUGGGUCAUUCCAUGACGUGGUCUCAUUAUUUUUUUAAAAUAUAUUUUAUUGAUUUUUUACAGAGAGGAAGGGAGGGGGAUAGAGAGUUAGAAACAUCGAUGAGAGAGAAACAUCGAUCAGCUGCCUUCUGCACACACCCAACUGGGGAUGUGCCCACAACCAAGGUACAUGCCUUUGACUGGAAUUGAACUUGGGACCUUUCAGAUCGCAGGCCGACCCUCUAUUCACUGAGCCAAACCGGUUAGGGCGACGUGGUCUCUUUACAAGUUGAUUACCAACUGACCUGGUUUCUUCACAACUUCGUUGCAUGAAAAAUUUGCAAUGGAGGGAUCAGACUGUCAUCUGAACUCUUCAUAUAGAAUUUGAUGUUAACAAUUAUUUUCCCUCAGUGCUCUGGUCUUUUUAUUUUGGCAAGUGUAAUGCUUGCUAUAGAUUUCCAGUUGAUACUUUACUUUUUCUUUUUUUUUAGAAUAGGAUGCUUCUUUUUAUUCCCAAAAUAUAUUUCUUAUUACAAUUUCAAUCAGGAAUGGGAUUGAAUUUAAUCAAGUGCCUUUGUUGUUUAUUUAUAUGCUAUCUCCUUUUCCUCUUAGUUUGACUCACCAAAUACUUGUCUAUUCUAAUGAUCUUUUCUAAGAAUAGCUUUUGGUUUGGUUAUCAGUCAAAUCUGGUUCAUCAAUUUCUAUUUCUUUAAAAUAAAUGCAUCCCCAAUGAGAAGUCUGA